AACUGGGAAAUCUCAUGACUUGAGUUUUCUCGUUUCAGUGACCAAUUGUACUAGCUUACAAAUACUGGCCGUGGACGGUAACCGUCUCAGCGGUGCAUUGCCUGACUCCAUAGCUAAUCUUUCUACCCAACUGACAUGGCUAUUACUUCAAGAUAACAGGAUAUUCGGAAGCAUCCCAUCUGGGAUUCAAAACCUUUUCAGCUUAACAAGGUUGGCUAUGCAAUAUAACUUUUUAUCGGGUGCCAUUCCCAUUGGUGUUGGGAAGCUUAACAAAAUGGAGGUACUUACCUUCGGUAGAAAUGAAUUAUCUGGAAAUAUUCCAUCUUCCUUGCAAAACAUGUCCCGGUUGUAUAUACUUUCUUUAUACCUAAAUAGUCUAACAGGAAGCGUACCUUCAAGUCUUGGAAAUUGUACAUAUAUGCAGUAUUUGAACCUCGCUGAUAAUAAUCUUAGUGGUAGCUUACCAAAACAACUUUUCAGCUUUCCCUCUUUAAUUGAAAUCUAUGUUGGAGGCAACUUGUUUAGUGGCGAUCUGCCAUUGGAAGCCGGAUACCUGAAAGCUCUCCAGAUGUUGAAUGUUUCUAGUAACAAAUUGUCAGGCGAAAUUCCCAGCUGGUUAGGUAGCUGUCUAAGCCUAGAGUAUCUUGGGUUGGAAGGGAACUUCUUUCAAGGGUCAAUUCCUUCUGCAUUUAGUACUCUAAGAGGCCUUCGAUCCCUGGAUCUUUCACGCAACGACUUGUCUGGAAAGAUUCCACAAUACCUGGAGAACCUUUCUGCUCUGCAAUAUCUAAAUCUAUCUUUCAAUAAUUUUGAGGGUGAAUUACCAAAACAAGGGGUCUUUAGAAAUGCCAGCGAAGUUUCGGUACUCGGAAAUAGUAAUCUUUGUGGGGGUACUGAAGAAUUGAAAUUGCCAGCGUGCUCUAGCCAAGCUUCCAAGACAUUGGGGAUGUCUCUUGCUUCAAAAGUAAAAUUCUCAAUAAUUGGUGUUGUCCUGUGUCUUAUUUCAUUAUCAUGUUUCUUUACCACUCUGUAUUGGGUAAGAAAGUCAAGAAAAAAACCUCUUGUUCCGCCGUCCGUGGAGGAUCCUUUCAUGAUCAUAUCAUAUGCAGACCUCUUUAAAGUGACAGAUGGCUUCUCUUCUGCAAAUUUGAUUGGCAGUGGAAGCUUUGGUUCUGUAUAUAAAGGAACACAAGAUCGAGAUGGAACUGUAUUCGCAGUGAAAGUCCUCAACCUUCAACAGCAAGGAGCUCUGUGGAGCUUCAUGGCCGAAUGUGAAGCUUUGAGAAACAUUAGGCAUCGGAAUCUUAUUAAAAUUUUAACCUGUUGCUCAAGCAUUGAUUAUAAAGGCAACGAGUUCAAGGCUUUAGUUUUUGAGUACAUGAACAAUGGAAGUCUAGACAGGUGGUUACCCAAAGAUGGGUAUGACCAGCUGAGGGGGAAUUUAACCUUUAUUCAAAGGUUAAAUAUAGCGCUUGAUGUGGCUUCUGCACUGGAUUAUCUACAUCACCAUUGCCAAACACCAAUCGUACAUCGCGAUUUAAAACCGAGCAACAUUCUUCUUGAUGAUGACAUGAUUGCCCAUGUGGGUGACUUCGGGUUAGUGAGGUUUUUAUCUGAGGUUGCUGAAACCAUAUCGCUUGGGGUGAAGGGAUCUAUUGGGUACAUCGCUCCAGAGUAUGCAAUGGGCGGUAAAGCUUCUACACAAGGAGAUGUUUACAGCUAUGGAAUCCUUCUCUUGGAGAUGAUAACUGGAAAGGGGCCAACUGAUGACAUGUUUAAAGACAAUCUAAGCCUUCAUCAUUUUGCUAAGUUGGCGUUGCCUGAACGAGUAAUGGAGAUUGUAGAUCCAUAUCUCUUUGAAGAAGCGGAAGUUACUCAAGGCAGUGGAAAUCAUAUCAAUGCAAGGAAUAAAAUGCGUGAUUGCUUGAUUUCGAUGGUCAGAAUUGGUGUGUUGUGUUCUUUGGAAUCUCCGAGAGAACGAAUGGAGAUGAAAAAUGUUGUCAUGGAAAUGCAUGCAAUCAAGGACUUAUAUCUGAGGUCAAAAUUCACAGAGAUACAAGUUAGAUCACCACUGUGGGGUGAAGGUCCGUCUUACCUCAGUCAUUACUGAGAUAUUACUGCAAGUUUGUUAAGAAAGAUUUCGAAAUACAAUAAGUUUGUUGAACAAGCUUUAGAUAUAUAUAAUCUUGGCUUAUGAGUGAGCUUGUACUGAUGCUUUAUAUGUGGGAAGAUUUGUUUCUUUUCCUUUAUUUUGUCCCAUGUUAGGCAAAGGAAGAUUGUAUCAUGAAUGUAAUAGGAUACAGAUAUUAUCUACUUAUAAUAAGAAAACCAUUGGGUUUCUAAGGUGUUUAAUCGCUGAACAUUUUAUAAACCCUUUUCAAAAUGCUAUUAUAAUGUAGCAAAGUCCCAUUAUGGAUU